AUGAUAAAAUUUAUAUUUAUAAUUAUUUUUAUAAUUCCUUUAUGUUUUAAAAAAAAUAUAUUUUGAUUGGUUCAAAAUUUAAUGAUAUUAAUAAUAUUUAUAUUUAUAAAUUUAAAUAUUAGAAUUUAUUAUAAUACUAAUUUAAGAUAUAUAUUUUCUUGUGAUAUUAUAUCUUUUGGUUUAAUUUUAUUAAGAAUUUGAAUUUGUAUAUUAAUAUUAAUAGCAAGAGAAAAUUUAUUAAAAAUAGGAUUUUAUGUUAAUUUUUUUUUACUUAAUAUAUUAUUUAUGUUAUUAAUAUUAUAUUUAACUUUUUCAAUAAUAAAUUUAUUUAUAUUUUAUUUAUUUUUUGAAGGAAGAUUAAUUCCUACUUUAUUAUUAAUUGUAGGUUGAGGAUAUCAACCUGAACGAAUUCAGGCUGGGAUAUAUUUAUUAUUUUAUACUUUAUUUGCAUCUUUACCGUUAUUAAUAGGAAUUUUUUAUAUUUUUAAUAAAAGAAAUAAUAUUAUAUUUUAUUUUUUAAAAUUUAUAAGUUUUGAUUUUUAUUUAUUAUAUUUUUCAAUAAUUUUAGCUUUUUUAGUUAAGAUACCAAUGUAUUUUGUUCAUUUAUGACUUCCUAAAGCUCAUGUAGAAGCUCCUGUUUCGGGUUCAAUAAUUUUAGCUGGGAUUAUGUUAAAAUUAGGGGGUUAUGGUUUAUUGCGAAUUUUAAUUUUACUUGAAAAACUUAGUUUAAAAUUAAAUUUUAUUUGAAUUAUUAUUAGAUUAGUUGGUGGAUUUUAUAUUAGAUUAAAAUGUUUUUGUCAAGUUGAUAUAAAAUCUUUAAUUGCUUAUUCUUCUGUUUGUCAUAUAGGAGUGGUAAUUGGAGGAAUUAUAACAUUAAAUUAUUGAGGUUUUAUAGGUUCUUAUUUAUUAAUAAUUGGGCAUGGUUUAUGUUCUUCGGGAAUAUUUUGUUUAGCUAAUAUUAAUUUUGAACGUUUAAAUAGACGAAGAUUAUAUAUUAAUAAGGGAAUAAUAAAUUUUAUACCUUCAAUAAGAUUAUGAUGAUUUUUAUUAAUAUCUUCUAAUAUAGCUGCUCCACCAUCAUUAAAUUUAAUGGGAGAAAUUAGUUUAAUUAAUAGUUUAAUAAGAUGAUCAUGAUUAUCAAUAAUUAUAUUAAUAUUAAUUUCAUUUUUUAGAGCUGGUUAUAGAUUAUAUUUAUAUUCUUAUACUCAACAUGGAAAAUAUUAUAGAGGAUUAUAUAGAUUUUAUACAGGAGUUUCUCGAGAAUAUUUAUUAUUAAUAUUACAUUGAUUACCUUUAAAUUUAAUAAUUUUAAAGGUAGAUUGAGUAAUAAUUUGAUUUU